AUUUCAGCGUUGUUCCUGGUAAUAAACUUUCCAUUGAUAAUUCUUUCACCAAACCAUUUCCGUAUUGAGCAAAACUUUGAAUAAGACUGGACUUGCCGGAAUUCGCUUCUCCGAUAACGUAUACAUGGCUACCUGGCUUAAGCAUUGGGUGAAUUUUUCUAAGAAGUUCCCUGAUAGUUUCUGUGGUGCUUCGAUGUGCUGUUAGUAGCAUGGCAUUUUCGGGAGAUAGAUCAAGCGCCGGGAAUAACCAAGAAGCAUUAGGUCGAGGAAGAGUAUCAACGUGGCUAAAAACAUGAAACACAGGAAAGUCCGUCAUCCUUUUAGCUGAAAUAAAUUGUUCUGGAUUAAGAUUACUAACAUCGGUAACUUGAAGAACCAAAGACGUUUUGGAAUCAGCGUUUAUACCCUUCAUGACUUCAGUUAACGUAGUUGUUGACUCCUGCAGCAAGUCCUCCUGCUGAAAGCGAUUAUAAAACUUUAUAUCGUGGCAUCGUUGACACCAUAGAUGAGUAUUGAAGGCUUUUUCUUUGACGUUAGGGAUUGAAGGUGAUUUAGGAAAGAGCUUUUGGUUUUUUGGAUCUAACUUAGAGAAUGCAUUUUCAAAUACGCUUUGUUCAUUUCUUCGAGAAUUCCAUCGCGACGUUUGAGGGCUUACAUGCGAAACCGAAGGUUUAAGCAAGCGUUUGUAUCCGCUUGCUUUCGAAUCUAGGGAUUGUAAUACAUGGCCACAUCCACGGCAAAAGUUCUGAAUAGUCAUCUUCCGGGUUCACUUUCUUUCUUCUAUGUCAGUAGAUCUUUGAUACUUAUUAAAUAUAAGGAAAAAGAGCAUUCAUGACCAAAAGCUGGUCGCAAGGAAAAAAUAAAGUCUGUAGUGUAAUGACUAACUUUCUGUUGAUAUUGGAAUUUCCUACAGUCAGAAAUCAACGGUGAUUACGUUUAGUUCGAAUCGUCAAAUGCUAAGAUUUAAUUUAAAUGGUUUUUUUAUAUUAUAUAGAAAAAAGAAAAAGGUCCUUCAAAUGAAGCGUUUAUCGACACUAGCACUUUAUAGAGAUUGCUUUUCGGUAGAGUACAACAUAUAAAAAGUUAUGAGGAAAAGUACAAGAAUCAAUACCAGGAAUAUAGUGCUCCUAUAAACUUCUUUUUCGUCUGCCUACACCGAUAAGUUAAAGCUUUUUUUAAAGACAUUUUCACUCUAUGGACAUGUAUAAUGGCGAGAAACGAUAGAAACAGCAAUUACUUCAAGAAAGUAUAUAUGUACACCUAAAUUCUCCUUGUUUUCUGGUUUAUUUAUAGAAAACAACAUGACAAUUUUAAGUAAGAAUUUAACGUUAGCUGAUUUAUUAAGACACCAUAACACCGCGUAUGGGGUCAGCAUUAAUAAAACUACCGGAAGUUUGAGAAAAAUUUAUCAUAUUUAUAUUAUUUACUCAUAAACAUCCUAAUAAGAGAGGCACGGUCGACUUUGAGGUUCUUACAGUCUUCCUUGGUUGUUUGGUUUACAUUGCGAAAAGAAAUGGGAAAUCUGUUUGCUGCAGCAAGUCAGGGAGACAUUGAAUGUAUAAAAGACUAUAUAAACUCAGGAACCUCUAGUAUUGACGAUAAAGAUGAAAGGGGAGCAACAGCGCUGCAUUGGGCUGCUUUGAAUCAGCAAUUCGAAGUUUGCAAUUACUUAUUGGAUAAAGGCAUUGAUGUGAACAGUCCUACUGUAGAUUUACGGGCAACCCCUCUUCACUGGGCUGCAAAACGAGGACUAGUUCAAAUGGUAAAUUACUUGGUUCAGCGAGGUGGUGACCCGUUGAUUCAAGACAGUCAAGGCUUUCAUUGUUUGCACUUAGCAGUUCACUCCUCUAAUUCAUUUUUGGUAGUUUAUCUCUUACAUUUAGACAUUCCAGUUGACUCUCCUGAUGAAAAUCGACAUACUCCUCUUAUGUGGGCUGUAUACCAUGGCAAUGAGUUGGUAACUAACUGUCUAUUGAAAUGGGGCGCUAAUGUUCAUGCAACAGACAAUGAAAAUAUGACACCGUUACAUUGGUCAUUAGUAGGCGCAAAACCCAAAUGCAUUAGACUGAUCCUUCAAGAAUGCGGCUUAUCCGGAGCAAGAGCUAUUGCAGAUUUAUCAGGUCAAUUGAAAACACCUUGGGCCCUUUCUGUGGAACUUGGAGUAUCUAAGCAAUUCCGCGAGGCCUUGGUUGUGAAUGGGCUUAAAGUUCAAGCUAUUGUAAAUGAACCGAUAGAAAAGUAUCAGGUGGUUCCUAUUAACCACCAAUUUUCCAGAAGAGCUUACUUUCGAUUACCUUUCGCAGCUUCAUUUCCUAUUCUGGGGAUUGCUUUUUUAAUCAUGAGUGUCUGUCCCUUCGUAUUAUCUGUGUUUUUAGCUCCUGCUUGGAUCUAUCUGUCAUGCAAAUUCAUUAUAUAUUAUGUGGAGUCUUCUACCGAAGUGGCUUUAUUCUUCAUUGAGACACCAUUUUUAGCUGGUCUGUUUUCUUCAACUUUUUUCUGGGUUUGGAGUCAUGCAUGCGUAUAUAUUCUUCCUGUCCUUUAUCGAAAAAAGUUCUUUUUGUUUGUCACUUUUCUGUUUCUUUCAUUUCUUUGCAUUGCUUACUAUGUCAAUGCGGUCUUUCAAGAUCCUGGCUAUGUUCCUACAAUCGGCGGCAUUACUCAGAGAAGAGAAUGCAUAGAAGAUUUACUUGGUAAAAGCAUUUUUGAUCAGAACCAUUUUUGCCUUAGGUGCCUUCACCCGAAACCAAACAGAUCAUUUCAUUGUAUCGCUUGUGAUCGGUGCGUCUAUCGUUAUGAUCAUCAUUGUCCCUGGAUCAGCAAUUGCGUCGGUCUGAAAAACCAUAAAGUAUUCCUCAUUUAUACAUUACUGUUGGCUGUUUUGAUUCCUCUCUAUUGUUAUGCUGCCUUUGUUUACUUGUCAGUGAUUCCUAUUCAAGAAAAAUAUGAGUCAUAUACUUGCAUGUUUGUAAGAGGUAUUUUCUGUGAGUGGUUAUUAAAAGACAUGUUCGUCAUAGUUGCUAUCUUUGUCGUUUCAAUUAAUUGGUUUUGGGUCUUGUCACUAAGUUUUACCCAGCUAUGGCAAGUGGCUCACAAUAUGACAACAGCUGAAUAUCGGCUUUUCCAGAGGUACAAAUCAUUCUCUGCUCCUACGAGUCAAGGGAUGGUGGUGCGAAAUCCCAAUAAGCAUCGCCAUACCUUGAUGCAUACACUUGCGGCACUCAUUGGCUUAGAUCAAUACUUGUUAUUUUUCUGUGAUGUUUUUCGUUUUUUUAUGUGUCGAUCAAAAACUCCUAACCCUUCUUUUCCAAGAGAUCUCAGUUUAUCUUCUGCAAAUCCACAUGACAAACAAAGUGUAUACAAGAACUGUAUGUACUUUUGGCGAGGAUUAUCUGAUGAACAGAAAGCAGAUAUCGAGAGUAACGGGAAUACUUCUUAAAUAUCUACCGACCUUUUCUACUACUUCCCGAGAUACUUUUCACUUUUAUGAAUUCUAGAAAGACUUCGUUUCCAUUGGAGGUACGUUUUGAUGUUGAUGCAUAUGCAUAUGCAUAAUAACUUUUUUUUAUUUCCUUACACUAGAAGUUCUUUAUUUAUGAAUGGUUAUAGAAAUGGAACAACGAUUGAGAACAAUGCGUACUUGCAAGGGCUCCCUCCUUCAUUCAACUUCAAAUUAGGAAGCUGCACUUGUUACAAACGACGUUUUAAUUGUUUAUGGCAAAUCCUUAGAAAUAUCUUCCACCAUAUAAAUGAAAACUAGCAUGGGUUGACAUGGAAUCUAAUCGAGAGAGCAUUGUAUGAACAUAACCAAGAGCAAAACUAAAAAAGGACAUGUACUGAGGAUUUACUAAUUACUUCUUGAGAGUGAAAAAUUUUUUUUUCUCCCUUUUCUUUUUUCUUUAAUACCUAUUACUGUGGCUUGGCAAGGGUGAAGUAAAUGCGAAGAACGCUUCAUUCGUAAACACCAUUUUACCUGUUCUUGGACAAGCCACCACGGCAAGACAAUAGUAUAUUAGCUAGUUUAAUAGAGCAUAUUAUCGCAUUCUUCUAUAGACAUUGUUCAUUAGAGGUCUUUUU